AUGGGAAAUCAUGUUAUUGCCGCUUCAAUUUCCAUGCUGUCCCUUCUGGUAAUAAUGGGAGAUACAGGUAGUAAAAAGGAUAGUACCUUUAUGAUUGACAUGGACCCAGGGCGAUGUAUGAGGCAUCACUAUGUUGAUUCUAUCAGCCAUCCUUUAUACAAAUGCAGCUCAAAGAUGGUACUGCUGGCUCGCUGUGAGGGACAGUGCACUCAGACAUCACGCUCAGAGCCAAUGGUGUCUUUCAGCACAGUUCUGAAACAGCCUUUCCGAUCCACAUGUCAUUGCUGCCGGCCACAGACUUCUAAACUGAAGGCCAUGCGUUUGCGCUGUUCUGGUGGUAUGAGACUUACUGCCACCUAUCGCUACAUCCUCUCAUGUCACUGUGAGGAAUGCUCUUAG